CUUUCACUUCCCCUCGCCGGAGCUCCAAGAAACCAAGAACCCAUCAUCCCCGCCUCUCUCCACCGAGCAGCACCCAGCGCCUCCGCUCUCCCGCGCUCCAGCGUCGGCGAGCGAUGGACUGGUUUCAGGACGGCGAGCACGUGCGGCUGCGGAGUCGCGUGCACGGCACGUACCUGCACGCCGACGAGGACGGCCAUGGCGUCUCCCUCCCCAGGCGCGGCGCGUCGAUGAACGCGGUAUGGUCCGUGCACAUCUACCACCGCGACGGCCCGCAGCUGCUCCUCUACAGCGCCGCCUACGGCCGCUACCUCGCCGCCACGCACGCGCGGGCGCCGCCCGGCCAGCGCGGCUUCCGCACUGUGCAGUGCGACUACGACCGUCGGCACAUGGAGGCCAUCAAGUGGCAUGCCGUUUGGGCCGAGUCCGAGAACUACGUCGUGCUCCGCGACGUCGCCGGCCGCUGCCUCCGCGCCAACAAGAGGUACCUCAGCCGGAACAACGGCGUCAGCGUCGACGGCAUCGACGACAUCAACAACGUCAGCACGAUGAUGCACUUGCACUGGUUCGUGGAGCUCAUCCCCGCCAGGGAUGGCUUGCCUCCCCUUCCACGUCCGAUUUGGCAUCCCUUCCCCGGAACCGGAAUAGUCACCGCCGUGUUGCCGCCGCGGAUGAUCCUGUACGUGCGGGAGCUCGCCGACGGGAGCCGCAUCACCCGUGGCUCGUUCAAGUUCAGGGGGAGGUCCGUGUUCCGCCUGAGAAAGAAGCUGAUCCGCCGGCUGCGUGCCGUCAUGGACGUCUCCAAACUCGUCGUGUGCGUCGAAGCAGGUGCUUUCGGGCGGCUUACGCCACUCGUCGUCGACCUGCCCCGCAGCCGCCACAACCUCCACAUCGUCGUCAUCGAGGCCGGGACGCCAGCCCACGCGGAGCUGCGGUGCCCGGAUGUCGAUGCAGUGUAGAGAAAGACCAGAGCAGGACUCCUGACCGUCGCUUCACAGUUCACUUCUUCAGAGUGUCGCCACCUCGGUCACGACGGCAUGUGAAUCCGGAACUUUUUUGCAGUUAGACAGGGUUCAGGGAAACCCAGCAGUUCCUGUGUUCCUGCUAGCUCUGUAAUGUUUGUUCUCCUGACAGUAGAAAACCUAGUUGCGUUGGCAUCACGGUUAUAGUAUUGAGAAACUGUUUGAGCUCUGUAAUGUUUGAUGCGAUGACGUUAUUCUGUAAUGUUUGCGCUCUUAUUAUGGCCACUACUUCAACGUUGCCAGCUUCGUUUCUCUUAUAUGAAGCAUUGUA